GCUGGUUCACUUCCUGUAGGGACUGAAAACCAAGUGAGGAGAUGAAGGAUUGCCCCGUACUACACCAGAGAAUACAGAGAGGAUAGACACUGCAGAUAGAUCCUGACUGCCUUCUGAGGAGCAACUGCAAAAGUACAUGGAAGAGAAAUCAUUCGAGAGUGAGGUUUGCAACCAAGCAUGUAUACAGUCAUCGAUGCUCUUGAAUCAACAACACAUUCACACAGACGAAAAACUGUUCAGGUGCGAGGUGUGUGACAAGUCAUUCUCAAAGUCAUGGAACCUUCACAGGCACCGACGAAUGCACACUGGGGAGAAACCAUUCAAAUGUGAGGUGUGUGACAAAUCAUUCUCACAAUUAUCGACACUCCGCACACACCAACGGAUUCACACAGGGGAGAAACCAUUCACAUGUGAGGUGUGCAACAAAUCAUUCUCACAUUCAUCAACCUUCCGCGAACACCAACGUAUUCACACAGGGGAGAAACCAUUCAAGUGUGAGGUGUGCAACAAAUCAUUCUCGGACUCAUCGACCCUCCGCGUACACCAACGCAUCCACACAGGGGAGAAACCAUUUACGUGUGAGGUGUGUGACAAAUCAUUCGCACAGUUAUCGACCCUCCGUGCACACCAACGCAUUCACACUGGGGAGAAACCGGUCAAGUGUGAGGUGUGUGACAAAGCCUUCUCACAGUUAGGGAGCCUCCUGGUCCAUCAGAAGAUCCACACAGGGGAGAAACCCUUCAAGUGUAGCGUUUGCGAUAAAGCUUUUGUAAGGUCUUCAAGCCUCCUGAUACACCAGAUGAUUCAUACAGGGGAGAAGCCCUUCAGAUGUGAAUUUUGUGAGAUGGCUUUCAUCCAAUCCUCUGAUCUCCUGAGGCACCAGAGGAUUCACACAGGGGAGAAACCCUUCAAGUGUGAGGUGUGUAACCAAGCCUUCACGCAGUUAUCGACACUUGUGGAACACCGACGCAUUCACACUGGGGAGAAACCAUUCCCAUGUGAUGUGUGCAACAAAUCCUUCUCAAGGUCAUCGUACCUGUUGCUCCAUCGGAGGAUUCACACAGGGGAGUAACUCUUCAGGUACGAUGUUUGUGAAAAGGCUUUCACCCACUCCUCCUGAAGCAUCAGCAGAUCCACACAGAUGUGAAACCAUUGAUGUGAGGUGUCUGAUAAUGUUUUCAAACAGGCAGCAUAUCUCCUGAUCCAUCAAGGCACUCACACGGGAGAAACACUAUUGGUGCGAGUUCUGUAAUAAAAUCUUACUCAAUUCUCCGUCGACCUGAAACAACAGUGAACCCACAAGGGAGACAAACUCUUCCAAUGUGACAUGUUAGGAUUGUUUCACCAUCUUCUUUCUCACUAUACACUAACAUCUCCACACGGACUCGGAGCUGGAUCACCUGCUUCUGUUGCACUCUGUCACGUCGUCCCUGAACAGACUUGCUCUAAUGCUAUGCCCCCUUGAUCUGGACUCUCCCACCAGAGGAAUAGUUCUGCUGUAAUUAUUCUAUCAACUUGUUUAAUCAUCAAUUAAAUAGCUCAAUUAAAUUACCCCUUAAUUUUCUACAUUCAAGGGAAUACAAGCUCAGUCUGUGCAACCUGUCCUCAAAAUUUAACUCUUUUAGCCCCGGGAACAUUCUGCUGAAUCUACACUGCUCUCCCUCCAAGGCCAAUAUAUCCUUCCUGAGAUGCGGUGCUCAGAACUGAACACAGUUCUCCAGAUAGGGUCUAAACAGAGCUCUGUACAGCUGGAACAUAACUUCCACAAGGACACAGUUGUUUUGGGGAGAUGUUGUUGGUUAUCUUUUCUCUUAAGGAUGGUCCCGGAGUAAUGAGCAGUUUUGGCAGAGGAAAGCAGGACCACUUUUACUUGAUGUAGUCCAGUCAGAUCUGGUGAUGGAUGACAAAACCAACUGUGUACCAGAUACACUCAAAUUUUCACCCCCUGGAUGUGUGAAGAAGGGAGACGGACCAGGAAGGAAGAAAAUAAAGGUAAUUUGGGAAACAAGGGUGUAGAAGUUGAAUAUGACUUGGAAAUAUAUCACCGUUCCUUCACUGUCACUGGGUCAAAAUCCUGGAACUCUCUUCCAAAUAGCACUGUGGGUGUACCUACACCACAUGGACUGCAGCAGUUCCUGAAGGCAGCUCAGCACCACCUUCUCAAGGGCAACUGGGGAUGGGCAAUAAAUGCUGGCCCAGCCAGCGAAACCCACAUCCCCUGAAUGAAUAAAAAAAUAGUUAAACCAAAUUGAUGGCUGCAGAAAAUUAUGGUGAAUGGGAGGAGACCAAAGAGCAGAGUUUUGCAAAUUAGUUAGUGCUGUCCAGGAAUAUGGAAACUUCCUAUGAACUCACAUGAGCACUGGAUCUCUGUAACCAUUGGUGGGUUUGUAUGAUGGAAACGAGCUCCAUCCUCUGCCACUAAACUUUGGUGUCAUUUCUGACCACUGGAAUUGGAAUUUUAGAGAUACUUCUGUCUGUAGUAUUCUGAGAGAGUUUCCCCUGAUGUGAGUAUUUGUGUGUUAGUAAAGUGAGCCAGCUCUCAGGAGUGGGUAUGGGGUAGAAUCAGUCCCUGCUUUAGUUGGUGAUGUGAAUUAUAGACAGAUCCUCUUCAGGUGAUGGGUGCUUGACUAAUACCAUGGGGAAUGUUUGUACUCUCCUGUCUGGGAGGACUACUAUCCUGAGUAUGGUGAAAAAGUUGGGGGUGAGUCUCGACAGACCUGAGUUCCUUCAGUUCAUCAUAUCGCAAUGUAAUAGUGGCGUGAUAUGUUCGCCUUACACUCUUUCAAGCCUCAUUUCAGUUCUGGGAAAGAUCUUGAGGCAUUUUCAAAUGCUUUGAUUCAAAGUUUGGUGUAAGCUGAAGAUUGUGUUGUAUUUGUUUUCUAUUUUAUCAAUUUUCUGUGUAGAUUUAUAAAUCACAAUAAAUUCACAUUCUAGCUAAAUCCAGCCAAAUCCUCUUCAGGUGACAGGUGUUUGACUAAUACCAUAGGUAAUGUUUGUACUCUCCUGUCUGGAAGGACUGCAAUCCUGAGCAUGAUGAUGGAGAGGAGGUGAUUUAAAUUGAAUAGGUUAGAAAGAUUAAAUAGACUGGGUGUUAUUCCCUGGAGUUUAAAAGAAUGAGAGGUGAUCUUAUUCAAACAUACAAAAUUCUUACAGGGCUUGACAGGGAGAUGCAGAAAGGUAGUUUCCACUGGCUGGGGAGGGGUGGUGGGGUGGUCUAGAACCUGAGGACACAGUCUCAGAAUAAGGGCCAUGUCAUUUAGGACCAGGAUGAGGAGGAAUUUGGUGGUGAAUCUUUGGAAUUCUCUGCCCCAGAGGGAUGUGGAGGCUUAAUCGUUGAGUAUGUUCAAGACUGAGAUCAAAGUUAUCAGAUAUGCUUUCUAGAUAUCAAAAGCAUCAAGGGAUACAGGAUAGUGCAGGAAAAUGGUGUGUAGAAGGUCAUCCUUGAUCUCAUUGAAUGGUGCAGUGGGCUUGAGGUGCUGAAUGGUCUACUCCUGCUCCAAUGUCUUAUGUCCUUGUGAGUCUCUACAGACCUGAGUUCCCUCAGCCCAUCGUAUCUCGAUGUAAUAACGUCCACCUUACUCUCUUCCAAGAUUCAUUUCAUGUUCUGGGAAAGAUCUUGAGUCAUUUUCAAAUGCUUUAUUAUUUUGGUUGAUUCAAAGUUUGAUGUAAGCUGAAUAUUGUGUUGUUUGUCUGCUGUUUUAUCAAUCUUCUGUGUAGAUUUAUAACUCACAAUAAAUUCACUUUUUAGCU